AUGCAAGAAAUUAUUUCUAAAACGGAAAAAGGAAAGGCACAUAUGAAAAAAGCCAACAAAAAGAAAAAUGAAGUAUUAAGUGACAGUAAAGACGAGGAGAUUGGAGAAAUCUAUGAAGAUGAAAGUGACCCGGAAAAUUUGACAUUGAAAAAUAUUGUGGAGAGAGAAAUUGGGCCCGAUCAAGAUCUAGAUACAUCCGCUAUUAAGAAAGACGACUACGUACUCGUACAAUUUCCCACGAAAAAGAAGAUUGUAUUAGGUUGUUAA